AUGAAGCUAUGGAUCCCAGAGCGAGAAACAUUGCUUAGAGAGUUCAUCCAACUCAAAGGAUGUGAAGACACUGUGUUAUAUCAAAUAUGCCAAGUUUUACCUGGAUGUCCAAAUGAAGCUGUCAUCCAUUGUAGGGACUGUGAAGGGCUUCAGCUGUACUGUCAAGGAUGCACAGUUGUGCAACACACUGUGACACCAUUGCAUGUUAUGGAGAUAUGGAUGGGCACCCAUUUCCAAUGUAUCUCACUCCGUGACCUUGGCCUACGUGUUCAACUUGGCCAUCCUCCUGGAGUCAUGUGUUGUAAUCCAGCCUCUGCAUUCAAUAAUGAUUUCCCUGUACUCGAGAUCAACGGCAUACACAGUGUCACCCUGGAUUUCUGUAACUGCACUACAGCACAAACUCAUGAUAUUCAACUGUUGCCCACUCGCUGGUACCCAGCAACUGUUACAACCACUACUCAUCCACGGACGGCUGCUACUUUCCACCUUCUAGAUCAUUUCCAGAUGUAUACCUUUGAAUCCAAAGGAUCUGUAUUCAAAUACUAUCAAUCGCUGUCAUGUCUGACCGACAAUACAGAAAUAUGUCAACCGAAGGUACUGAGCUAA